CCUGCGCUCGGUUGCCAUGGCGACAGCGUUGGCCGUUAGGAGAGAGGCUGCCGCCGAAUUAGCGAGGCAAAGCGAAGGCCCCGCGAGCGGCCAUGGGGCGCAUCACAGAAGAGCUAGUUAGACAAAGGGCAGAACAUAACAACUGUGAAAUCUUUUCCUUGGAAGAAAUUUCCUUACACCAGCAGAAUAUAGAGAAAAUAGAACAUCUUGACAAAUGGUGCCGGGAUUUGAAAAUUCUAUAUCUUCAAAAUAAUCUGAUCCCCAAAAUUGAAAAUGUUAGCAAACUGAAGAAGCUUGAAUAUUUAAAUUUGGCUUUAAACAACAUUGAAAAAAUUGAGAAUUUGGAAGGCUGUGAAGAAUUGCAGAAGCUGGAUUUGACAGCUAAUUUCGUUGGAGAAUUGUCCAGUGUUAAGACCCUGAAAAACAACAUACACCUUGAAGAGCUCUUCCUUAUCGGAAACCCCUGCACUGAUUUUGAAGGCUAUAGGCAGUUUGUCGUUGCUACCCUUCAUCAGCUCAAAUUUUUGGAUUCUAAAAAGAUAGGGCGUUCAGAGAGGAUUCAGGCUUUACAGAGCUAUCCUGAGGUAGCAAAACAAAUCCAAGAGCAGGAGAAGGCCUACCUCAUUAAAAGAAGAAAAGAAAAAGAAGAGGCACAGAGAAGGAUACAAGAAAAGCAGGAGAAGAAGAAGAAAAAUGAGAAGCAAAAGAAAUGUAAUCCAGGAUGCAAUGGACGGUGGUACACAGACAUCAAUAACAGCAUCCCAUACUCUGUAAAAGAGAGAGAGAACCAGCAGAAGGCUGAAGAAGGAAAUGAAUACCGUGAUUUAGUGAUAAAGGAAGAUGACGAAGAAGAGCGAGCCUUUUGGGAGGAACCUGUGCCUCAUACUCCAGAGGCUAGGUUAGAAGCUCACAGAUACAUUGAAGAGAAAAAUAAAGCAAAGGAAAACAGAGAACAAACCAAGAAAAAGAAACCACCGAGGACUUUAAUCACUGCAGAAGGAAGAGUUCUGAAUAUAAAUGAACCUAAGCUUCCUUUCUCUUUAAAAGAUGAUGAAGCAAACAACCAGUUCAUCCUGGAUCUUGCUGUUUACAGACAUCUAGACACCUCCCUACUUGAUAUUGAUGUACAGCCUACUUACAUCCGAGUUAUGAUCAAGGGAAAGGUAUUUCAACUGGUGCUUCCUGCAGAAGUGAAGCCAGAUAACAGCGCUGCUAAAAGAUCUCAAACAACUGGACAUUUGGUUCUCAGCCUACCAAAGACUAAAGAAAUAAUCGUGGCUAAGCAAGAAGUAUUAACUUCUAAGAAACCCUCUGACACCACUAAGCUUCAAAAAAAUCUAAAAAGAGAUGAGUGUACAGAGAAGCUGGAAGUGGACCCUAGCAAGUAUUCAUUCCCCGAUGUAGCAAACAUUGUCCAGGAAAAGGAUCGGAUUGGACAAGGGCCUAUAAGACUUCAGCGGCAGAAAACUGUAGAUGCUAAUAACAUGAGCUUUGAUGAUGACCCAGAUGUUCCUCCUUUAAUUUGAAAGAUUGAUAUGGAGUUUCUUUUGACUUUAGAACACCAUAGAACUGUCUAAAGAUAAGUGCCUUGCCUUUUAGCCGAUUCCCUUAUUCUGUUGUACAAACAAAUGGAUGUGCUUCUCUAUAAACCUAUCUACUUCAGCUGUC